GCUUGUCGACUCUUCGGCACGUUACUUCGUUCUAAACCACCAACAUUUGUCCCUGCCGCAAGUCGUCAUCAUGCCUUCCGCCACUGGACAAAACUGGGAGAAGUACAGGAAAAACUUUGCCGACGACGAAAUAGAAGAGAAGAAGAUCACUCCCCUUUCAGAUGAGGAUAUUCAGGUUCUCAAGACAUAUGGCGCCGCGCCGUACGGAGCCGCCAUCAAGAAGCUGGAGCAGCAAAUAAAGGAGAAGCAACAGAGCGUAGACGAGAAGAUCGGCGUAAAGGAAUCAGACACCGGUCUUGCCCCUCCUCACCUUUGGGAUGUCGCCGCCGAUCGUCAGCGAAUGCAGGAAGAGCAGCCGCUGCAGGUAGCGCGGUGCACCAAGAUCAUUCCCGACGAAAAGGACGAAUCCAAGAGCAAAUAUGUCAUCAACGUCAAGCAGAUCGCUAAGUUCGUGGUCCAGCUUGGCGAGCGUGUCAGUCCCACCGAUAUUGAGGAGGGGAUGCGCGUUGGCGUCGACCGAAAUAAGUACCAGAUCCUCCUGCCGUUGCCGCCCAAAAUCGACGCCAGCGUGACCAUGAUGACAGUGGAGGAGAAGCCCGACGUGACAUAUGGCGACGUUGGCGGUUGCAAGGAGCAGGUGGAGAAGCUGCGUGAGGUCGUCGAGAUGCCGCUGCUAUCACCAGAGCGGUUUGGUAAUUUGGGCAUCGACCCUCCGAAGGGCGCCCUUCUGUACGGGCCUCCCGGGACUGGCAAGACACUCUGCGCCCGUGCCGUAGCCAACCGGACAGACGCCACCUUCAUUCGCGUCAUCGGCAGCGAGCUCGUUCAGAAGUAUGUUGGUGAGGGUGCCAGGAUGGUUCGCGAGCUCUUUGAGAUGGCGCGGACGAAGAAGGCGUGCAUUAUCUUUUUCGACGAGAUUGACGCCAUCGGUGGUGCCCGCUUUGAUGACGGGGCUGGAGGCGACAACGAGGUGCAGAGAACCAUGCUGGAACUCAUCACCCAGCUGGACGGUUUCGACGCCCGUGGCAACAUCAAGGUCAUGUUCGCAACCAACAGGCCGUCGACGCUGGAUCCCGCCCUUAUGAGGCCAGGCCGCAUCGACCGGAAGAUUGAGUUUUCGCUUCCCGAUCUCGAAGGCCGCGCCAACAUUCUCAGAAUUCACGCCAAGAGCAUGUCAGUCGAGCGGGACAUCCGGUGGGAGCUCAUCUCUCGACUGUGCCCCAACGCGACUGGCGCCGAGUUGCGCAGCGUGUGCACCGAGGCGGGCAUGUUCGCCAUCCGCGCCAGGAGGAAGGUGGCUACCGAGAAGGAUUUCCUGAGCGCUGUCGACAAGGUCAUCAAGGGCAAUCUCAAGUUCAACUCGACUGCUGCAUACGCACAAUACAACUAGAAUGACGACUCGGGGUCUGACUGUGGGUUGGGUACUGCAUGUAAGAAUAGAAGCUCACUGUCUGUGAAUAUGUUGGCCAAGACCAAGGUGGCAUCAAGCGCGGUCACGGUACUAGCGAAAUGGACAUGUUUCAUAAUUGCUCCCUAUGUUCUUGGCCAUGGAAAUGCAUCGAGGCCUCAAUAUUUAUAUUGUGAGGGGAUAUAGCUAUGGGACCAAGUUCUUCUGGUGUG